AAGUAAUGUUGGCUUACACUUACCAAACACAAAAUAAUCUUGAAAGUGGGUCUUUUAGCAGGCUGCCGUGUAGUGCGGAUCCUUGGCAAAUAACAACCUUUUGUGUUUCCCAAUACAAACAACUUGCAAACGACUUUCCCCGUUUUAUGUUUUGUUUCAACUAACUAACUAACUGCUUAUAUUUCUUGUUAGCAUUUCCACCUUCUCACAUCUCUAAUCAAAGAGGAAAUUAAAAUUAAGCUUGGAAAGAAUUACCAUAAACAAUGUCUUACUACCCAAAAGGCUACCGUCAAAGUGACGAUGUCCCUGAAUUUGAUGAGUAUGAUGAGACUCCGUAUGGUGGUGGUUACGAUAUCUCAUUGACAUAUGGCCGGCCAAUUCCACCUUCCGAUGAGACUUGCUAUCCUCCCACGUCGGAAUCCGAUGAUUUCGACUAUGAUCGUCCUCAUUACACUUCCUCUGCUGAACCCUCUGCCUAUGCUGAUGAAGCUCUUGAUAACGAGUACCAGAGCUAUUCUAAGCCCAAGCCCAAGCACAACUCUCGUCCGUCACGUUCCCGUCCAUCUAAGGAUGGGGAUGAGGAUGGGGAUGGGGAUGGGGAUGAGAAUCCUCGUCGUAAUUCUGGGAUGAAUCGUCCAAGUGGAGGAGGUUAUGGUGGAGAAAGUGAGUAUGGUGAAUCUGGUUAUGGACGAAAAACAGACUCCGAUGAGUAUGGAUCAAGGCACAGAAGGACAAAUGAUGAGGAGGAGGAAACCUCAGAAUACGGUUCUGGUUAUGGAAGGAAAAGUUCAUACGAGGAGAAAAGUUCGGAGUACGGGUCUGGUUACGGUUACGGACGAAAGGCAGACUCGGAUGAAUAUGAAUCUGGUGGAUAUGGGAGUAAACCUGCAUCGGAUUAUGGAUCAAGGAACAGAAGAAACAACGAUGACGAGGCGAGGAACUCAGAAUACGGGUCAGGUUAUGGGCGAAGGACGGACUCUGAUGAGUAUGGAUCUAGUGGAUAUGGGAAGAAGACGAACUACGGAGAGCAACAAGACAGUGGGUAUGGCUACGGAGGGAAAUCAACCAGUUAUGGGCGUUCAAGCUACGACACAACGGAAAGCGAAGGGUACGGGACAUCAUUUGAGAGGCCUAGUUAUGGAAGGUCUGAGGAAGAGGACUACAGAAAACCCAGCUAUGGGAGGUGUGACAAUGAUGAUGAAGGUUAUGGUCGCAAGAAAUAUGGUGAUGAUGACUCUGACGAAGACAGGGAGAAGAAACAACGCCACAAGCAUCGCCACCAUCGAGAUUACUCUGAUGAUUGAGCAGAGUGCUUCUGUCACCUGCACCACAGCUUCAUGCCUUAUUAGAAGUUAUAUAGUAGAUAGAAGUUGUAGUAAAUAAAAAUUGGCAUGUCUUCACAGUGUUUUGUUUCAUUCCAAGCACUGAUGAUUAAGCAGAGUGCUUUUGUCAUCUGUUCCAGAUUAAUGCCAUAUUAUUAGUUACUAGUAAUAAAAGCUGGCAUGUAAGGAAAUGUUGGCAGUAAUUUGUAUUAGUAGGCAUUUUGCUCUUUUUACUUGAAUAAAAUCCCAGACUUCUCAGGCAAAACUAUGCCAUAAAAAGUUCUCUUGUUGUUGUGUUUCAUCAAAAUUAAAAAAUAUAAGUUCUGACCUUUGCAAAGUCAUUUGACUUGAAAGAAGGAUAUAUACAAGCUCUUUUACUCUC